AUGGGAGCUCCAAUCCCAACACAUCAUCACGAAGUAUACGAAGUAUACGGCAAUGUUGGAGAUUUUGAGCCUUCACACAUGAUGACCACCAGAACAUUUGACGAGCGACAUAUACAACCAUCCUCUUCAGAACCCUCUCAUUUGCCAAUGUACGCAAGCCAGCAGCAGGCGGAAGUCCACCCAUUGCUCAAGCUGGAGGAUCUGGACGAGACCGUCUACGAGAACCUGCAUGUACACCAUGAGGACGUCUUCCCUACAAGUACCCAACUACAGCUUUGCGAUCUCGAACUUGAACCGACCUGGGCACCUCGUCAGCUAUAUCCGCAGUUUGUUGACAAUACUGUCGUACAUACCCACGACUUCAGCGCGCUCCCUCUGCUACCAUACAACUCGGAUUCAGUGUCACUCACGACAUACCCAUACUUCGAAGAGCAGAGUGCGUGGCCUUCAUCACCGGAAUACGGCCAGUGCCGAUCAUUCACCGCAACGGAGGAAGACGAAGAGGCAGGUGAUGACAAGCCGUACGCCAGACUCAUCUACGAAGCUCUGAUGCAGGCGCCGGGUCAUAGGAUGAUGCUCCGAGAGAUCUACGAAUGGUUUCGCCACAAUACCACCAAACCUCGAGAGUCUGGAUCAAAUGGUUGGCAGAAUAGCAUUCGGCACAAUCUCUCCAUGAAUAAGGCAUUUGAAAACGACAGGGACAGCGCCAGGGGGAACUCAAGGAAAGCAACUAGCGUCUGGAUCCUGACCGCUGAAGCGAUCGAGAACGGAGUGCAAUCCACGACCAGGUAUCGCAAGACUGGAGCUGGCAAAAAGCCACUGGGGAGUCGCACACCAGCCAUUCAACGUCAAAGAGCGGGAGCGAAAGGGGGGCGAGCAGCGCGACAUGCAGCCAAAAGGAAGUAUCAAGAGCCAGGUGCUCUGACUGACUCGACGGCAACCCCAAGCCCAUCGACCGCCUCAUAUUCCGAUUGCACGGACUACCAAAGCUUUGACUUCCACGAUCCUCGAUCCACCGUGAGAAGUUGGCCAAUGACCCCUGUGGAGCCGAAUCUGGCAGCCGAAGAAGCGAAUUUGCUCCGAUGUCUGUCCCCACUAGACACCUUGGGUUUCAGGGCACAGCACAUUGGCAACGGAGAAGAGAACAUGCACCUGCAGAAUGCUCUCUUGCAAUCGAUGCGGGAUCAACAGCUGGAAGAACUGGUCAGAUUCCAUGCGGACUGA